UCCAUCUUUUCUCUAAAUAAAAGCUUGUUCACUACAAAUUUGUAUAAAUAUCUGUAACUGAAUUUGCAAUUUUGGGUAUAAAAAAGGGAAAAAAAAAGAGAAAGAUUGAAACUUUUUAUAAGAAAAAGGGUACAGUUGAAAGAAUAAAGGGAAAAAUAUCAUUUGAAAGAGGGAAGGCAAAUUAGAAGAGGAGGAUGAAAUUAACCUCCUCUUUUCUUUUUCUUAUUGUGCCUCCUCUCAGAUCUUAGCUUUUUUUUUUUUUGGCCAGAUUUGGCACUUGGGUUUUCUUUUGAUUAUUGGGUCAUUGCUGAAUCUGGAUUUUUCCCAGAAAAAUUUUAAAGCUGUAUCGAUUGAUCAUCUAUCUGGGUAGCUUAUUAUUAUUAUUAUUUGGUUUUUUGGGAUUCUUUUCGUUUACAUUUCUGAAUUCCAGGUGAAGUUAAAUUCUGGGUUUUGUUCGGUUGAUUGAUCGUGGAAAGAUCUGUUUGUUUCCAAAUUUUGAAUCAGAGAGAAAAAAAUCAUUUUUGUAUAAAAUAAAGGAAAAAAAAAGAUGUUUGAGAAUGGAAAGCUAUUUAUUGGUGGGAUAUCUUGGGACACCAAUGAAGGGCAUCUCAAGGAGUAUUUCAAUACUUUUGGUGAAGUAAUAGAGGCAGUGAUCAUGAAGGAUCGGACCACUGGGCGUGCUCGUGGUUUCGGUUUCGUUGUUUUCGCUGACCCCAUCGUUGCCGAGAGAGUAAUCAAGGAGAAACACAGCAUUGAUGGCAGGAUGGUUGAAGCAAAAAAGGCGGUUCCUAGGGAUGACCAGAACGUUAUGAGUAGAAGCACUAGUAGCAUCCAUGGUUCACCUGGUCCAGGCAACACAAGAAAGAUUUUCGUAGGAGGUUUAGCAUCUACAGUUACGGAGAGUGAUUUCAAGAAGUAUUUUGAUCAAUUCGGGAAUAUCACAGAUGUUGUAGUGAUGUAUGAUCAAAACACACACAGGCCUAGGGGUUUCGGGUUCAUCACUUAUGAUUCAGAAGAGGCGGUGGACAAGGUGUUGCUAAAAAAUUUCCAUGAACUGAAUGGUAAAAUGGUCGAGGUUAAGCGAGCAGUUCCCAAAGAGUUAUCACCUAGUCCUAGUCAUAGUCCCGUUUCUGGAUAUAACUAUGAUCUGAAUAGGGUCAACAACUUUCUUAAUGGCUACACUCAGGGAUAUAGUCCAAGCAAUGUCGGAGGCUAUGGACUUAGGGUAGAUGCGAGAUUCAGUCCAGUUACUAAUAGCCGAAACAGGGUUCCUCCUUUUGGUUCUGGUUAUGCAAUGGGCAUGAACAUUGAGCCUAAGUUAAACCCGAGUUUUGGCAAUAGUGCAGGUUUUAGUAGUAAUAUGAGCUAUAGACGAGGAUUGAGCCCGUACUAUGUUGGUAAUACAAAUAGAUUUGGUAGUCCUAUCGGGUAUGAUGGAAAUAGUGGAGGUAAUACUUCCUUUUUCAGCUCAGUGACCCGGACCCUUUGGGGAAAUGGGGGACUUGAUUAUAACACAAAUGCUUCUAGUUCCAGUCUGUAUGUUGGAUCUGGAAGUGGUACUAUUGGAGGAAAUGCCUUUGGAAACGGUGGAAUUAAUUGGGGUUCUUCCGCAAUUUCCAGUCAAGGUGAGGGGAAUAAUGUUUCUAGAAAUAGUGUGGAAUUUGGCUAUGGAAGCGGCGAUAACAGCUUUGGGUUGGGGGCAACAGGGUAUGGAAGAAACAGUGGGACCAAUUUGACACCAACAUCAGCAUAUGCUGCAUCAAAUGGUGGUUACGAUGGAGCCUUUGCAGAUCUUUACAACGGUGCUUCGGUUUACGGGGAUGCCACUAGGGGAUCAUCAAUGUCCGAGCGAGAUGGUUCUGGUUCCUUUGGGUAUGGACUCGAUAGUGCCACUUCUGGUGUUCUGCGUAAAAGUUCUCCUGGUUAUAUUGGUGGUUAUAGUGUUAAUAGAAGACAAGCAAAUAGCGGAAUUGCUACCUAGAAAAUUAUUUCGGGUUAUCACAAUACGGCAAGUAAAGACAAUCUUGCGAAGCAGGUGAUCUGCUCUGCAUAUCUCCCGUCUUAAUACGCUUUCAUGGAAGUUGGUUAUCUAGAGCUAACCGCAGUACCCCUUUUGGAGAAUUAAAUUUAGAAUUAGCGAUGAUGACAAGGGAUUUUGCGGUAAGGGCUUAAGGCUCGAGUCUUGAGAUACCUUUCUAGGGCGGUAUUUGAGUGAGACAUAAACUUAGAUCUCGGGAUAUAGUUGUAAGUGUAUCAUACAUUAAGGAUAUAGAUUUUAUUCUGUAAUGGCUCUGGCAAAGUUGUGAGUUGUUGUCGGGUAUGCUUCGUGUUUUGUCCCAUUUUCUUCCGUUUAUUCCGGUUUGUCUUUCAGCCAGAUUGUACCUGUUGAUUUACUAGUAUGAAACAAUAAAAGGAAUACAUAUAUAAGCCUUCUCUGA